CUUCGGGGCCAGCCGCCGCCAUGAUCCUGCUGGAGGUGAACAACCGCAUCAUCGAGGAGACGCUCGCGCUCAAGUUCGAGAACGCGGCUGCCGGUAACAAACCAGAAGCAGUAGAAGUAACAUUUGCAGAUUUUGAUGGAGUCCUCUAUCAUAUUUCAAAUCCUAAUGGGGAUAAAACAAAAGUGAUGGUCAGUAUUUCUUUGAAAUUCUACAAGGAACUUCAGGCACAUGGUGCUGAUGAGUUGUUAAAGAGGGUGUACGGAAGCUUCUUAGUAAACCCAGAAUCAGGAUACAAUGUUUCUUUGCUAUAUGACCUUGAAAAUCUGCCUGCUUCCAAGGAUUCCAUUGUGCAUCAGGCUGGCAUGUUGAAGCGAAAUUGUUUUGCCUCUGUCUUUGAAAAAUACUUCCAGUUCCAAGAAGAGGGCAAGGAAGGAGAAAACAGGGCUGUUAUCCAUUAUAGGGAUGAUGAGACCAUUUCUCCACCCUUAGUGCUGUUCCCUCGCCACACCAAUGCCACUGCUCGAGACAAUACCAUCAACCUGAUCCACACGUUCCGGGACUACCUGCACUACCACAUCAAGUGCUCCAAGGCCUAUAUUCACACACGUAUGCGGGCAAAAACAUCGGAUUUCCUCAAGGUGCUCAACCGUGCACGCCCAGAUGCUGAGAAAAAAGAAAUGAAAACAAUCACGGGGAAGACGUUUUCAUCCCGCUAACUCUUGGGAACAGAGGAGGAAGUGCUGGCAACCGAAGGCUGGACCGCUUGCUACUGGAUAAUCGUAGCCCUUCAUGUUGCACCUCUCCAGGUUCUUAAGGGAGUCUCCAUUUGGGUUCCAUUUUGUACGCGUUUGGAAAAUAAUCUGCAGAAACGAGCUGUGCUUGCAAGGACUUCAUAGUUCCCAAGAGUUAAAAAAAAAAAAAAAGAAUUCCACUUGAUCAACUUAAUUCCUUUUCUUUUAUCCUCCCUCCCUUGUUCCCCUUCCCUCCCACCCUCUUUUUCUGAGCUGUUUUGCUUUGCAAUAUGUUACUGGUAAUGAGUUGCAAGAUAAUGCAAUCUUGUUUUCUUCUAAAUAUUUGAGUUCAAAACUCCUGUAUCUAAAGAAAUACGGUUGGGGUCAUUAAUAAAGAAAAUCUUUCUAUCUUAAAUGAGAA